AUCUGUGGCUCUUUUUUGUAGGUUUAAGCCAACCGACGCCAUUACUGAGACAUACAAUUUUUAAGGAUAAUUUCACGUGCUAAAAUCUGCUGAUACCAUAUAUCAGUAGUUUAUAAUAUCACACACUUAUAAAUCAUGGCAGACAACGACGAUCUUCUCGACUAUGAAGAUGAGGAGCAAGCCGAUCAACAAACCGCUGACGGAACAACCGAAGCGGCGCCAAAAAAAGAGGUUAAGGGAUCUUAUGUAUCGAUUCACAGCUCAGGUUUCAGAGAUUUCCUACUGAAACCUGAAAUCUUACGAGCCAUCGUCGACUGCGGUUUCGAGCAUCCAUCGGAAGUGCAACAUGAGUGCAUCCCGCAAGCUGUUCUCGGUAUGGAUAUCUUAUGUCAAGCUAAGUCUGGUAUGGGGAAAACCGCGGUUUUCGUGUUGGCGACGCUGCAGCAACUGGAGCCUUCCGAAAAUCACGUCUACGUACUCGUAAUGUGCCAUACGAGAGAGUUAGCAUUCCAGAUCAGCAAAGAGUAUGAGCGUUUCUCCAAGUAUAUGGCCGGCGUCAGAGUCUCAGUAUUCUUCGGUGGGAUGCCGAUUCAAAAAGACGAGGACGUACUGAAAACUGCAUGCCCCCACAUCGUAGUAGGAACCCCGGGUCGCAUUUUAGCAUUAGUAAACAGUAAGAAAUUGAAUCUUAAACACUUAAAGCACUUUAUUCUGGACGAGUGCGACAAGAUGCUGGAGUCACUUGACAUGAGACGUGACGUGCAGGAGAUUUUCCGCAACACUCCGCAUGGGAAGCAAGUGAUGAUGUUUUCUGCCACCUUGAGCAAGGAGAUCAGGCCGGUGUGCAAGAAAUUCAUGCAGGACCCUAUGGAAGUGUAUGUUGACGAUGAAGCAAAACUGACAUUGCACGGUUUGCAACAACAUUAUGUCAAGCUCAAGGAGAACGAGAAAAAUAAGAAGCUGUUCGAGCUCUUGGAUGUUCUAGAAUUUAAUCAAGUAGUGAUAUUUGUAAAGUCAGUUCAAAGAUGCAUAGCACUCGCUCAACUUCUAACGGACCAGAACUUCCCAGCUAUAGGUAUUCACAGAAAUAUGACACAAGAUGAACGCCUUUCCCGCUAUCAACAGUUCAAGGAUUUCCAAAAAAGGAUAUUAGUAGCUACAAAUCUUUUUGGCAGAGGAAUGGACAUAGAACGAGUCAAUAUUGUCUUCAACUACGAUAUGCCAGAGGACUCGGACACGUACCUACACAGAGUGGCUAGGGCUGGUAGAUUUGGUACCAAAGGCCUGGCCAUAACAAUGGUAUCUGAUGAGAACGACGCUAAGAUCUUAAAUGAAGUACAGGACCGUUUCGACGUCAACAUAACUGAGCUACCUGAAGAAAUCGAAUUAUCAACUUAUAUUGAAGGCCGAUAAAUUACACUUUAAUUUCAUUCCUAGAUUACUAAUUGGUUCACGAGCACUUAGUUUGAUGUCUUUGUUUGAAUUGUCAGAUUCAUGUUUGAUUUAUACUACACUAUGUUGUAGUCUUAUUAUAUGUAACUAAGUGAAGGUUAAACAUGUUAUGGCAUGUCUAAACAAUAAUUACUAGAUAUAAGAUAUGAUUAAAGUGACAUUUGAUAUUGUGA